UUCCGCGUUACAAGGUCGUGAUGACGGAUUAGCACGAGCGCCGAACGCUCUGCAGGUCCUCUUCAUCUUACACCGGGUCUCCCGUGAAAUAGCGAUAGUAAUCUACGAUAAAGAAGACGUUAAAAUUCGAACUUAAUUUGAAUUUGAAUUGCGAGUUCUCCAUUAUGUUAGAGUAUCUCGCUGUACUUCCACACGAAGCGUCCAUUUGCAAGCCGACACGGCGGACGGCCGGCUGCAGCUCGGGGCUCCGGUUUCACCUUUACCUCUCCUGACAGUGCAUGGAUGGGACAGACUGGAAAUGAGCGGAUGUGUCUGGGCCAUUUGUUUUGUUAUGGGAAGCUUUUUAAAUCUGUCCCCAUAGUAAUUUCCUGCAGAAAGGAGUAAAGAAGAGAUUACUGUGUAACUUCCGCGUCGUUAGUUAUUCGGGGAAGGUAAUUAUUCGUUUGUUGCCAGAGAUGUCUGCGAGUAACCAGUCCCUGAGAGAUUUGCCCACAGACAACUGGAUGUCUCACCUGCCAGCCAUACUUCAGAACCUGCCUCUCUAUCACCUGGCCAUCCCAGGAAGUCAUAACGCCAUUACUUACUGCCUGGAUAAGAACAACAGUCCAAUGGAUCUCACACAGCCAGAUUUGCUGCAGAAGGUGGAUAAGUACAUGAAGCCACUGGUCCGUCCUUUUUUGUACAAAUGGGCUGUAACACAGGAUUCCAGUGUAACACAGCAGUUGGAUGGCGGAGUCCGGUACUGUGACCUUCGAAUUGCCCAUCGGCCCAAUGACUGCUCCAGUGACUUGUGCUUUUAUCAUGGGGUCUAUACGACAGUGACCGUGGAAUCUGUUCUGAAGGAGAUUAGAGAGUGGUUGGAUGUCCAUCCAAGAGAGGUGGUAAUCUUGUCCUUCAGUCACUUCCAGGGAUUAAACCAAGAACUUCACAAUGUCCUCAUUGAAACCAUAAAGGAUGUCUUCACCACAAAGUUGUGUCCUAAGAAGGAGACGGUAACCCUGAAGAACCUGUGGAGCAAGGGCUAUCAGGUUAUAGUAUCAUAUGACCACAUGGCUGUUAGUCACCAUGGCGAGCUGUGGGCGCCCAUCCCGUACUGGUGGGCAAACAAGUGCAAAGCAGAGGCGUUGAUCCAGGAGUUUGAGCGAAGGAAGCAGCAAGGCCGCCCAGCAGGCUUCUUUGUCGCUGGUAUUAACCUGACAGAAGAUUUGAAGUACAUCUGUGGUCACCCUCUGGAGUCCUUGAAGGACCUGGUGAUGACCACCUACCCAGCACUACUGACUUGGGUCAUGGCACAAAGCCCUGGAUCCAACAGUGAGUGCAUCAACAUCAUUGCGGGGGAUUUCGUGACUGACAGCCAGCUGGUGGUAUCUGUGAUCGCGCUAAAUGAGACCAUACUGAAGUGUACAGAGUGCUGAUGAUAUUUGUAGAACUUUUCCUAUAAUGUUAGGUCAAUUUUGCACACUGAUGUCAUUUUAUAGUUUUACUAGAUACAGCUACAAACUUUAAAAACAGCAUUUCACUGCCGAAUGCACAGACCUUAAAUUGUCAGUACCUACGGUGCUUGAAGAUAAAUACUGCAUUUUUUCUUUCACUUUUUAAAAACAAUUUAGGAAUUAAAUUGAAUUAAUAAGUUUAUCAUGUAAACUGGUAUUCACAAAUCUUCAGUGUCAUCUAUCACUGUGUAGUGACAAAGUGAUAGAUGACACGCAAAACACAGAAGGAAACGUAAUGCAGUUGUUUGCCGUGUUUACAAUAUUGUACUGUAUAUUUGAUAGAUAUUUAAAUUACAUUAAUGCUGUGUAUAUAUACAUGUUUCUUGUCCCGUUCAUUUGAACAUUUUUUGCAUUAAUGGAACCUUGGGUAUCCAAAGGAAAUCUAUGCAGCACACAAAGCAGGAUUGGGACUAAAACCACCCGCCCUAGUGGCACUGAUGUCUGUGCUGUGUGGAACCAACAUGCCACCCACAAAGGGCUAAAUAUCUGGUAGUGCUUACAUAAGACUGUGUGUGUCCUAUUUAGGUUCUUAAUGUAUGUAAACUGGAGAUUUAUGUUUAGCAGGUAUUUUUAUACAAAAUGCAUUGUUCAACCAGUUCCUUGGAGAAAUUGGGGUGAUGGAUCUUGUUCAAGGGCUGAAUGGUGGCAUCACUCUGCUGACCCUGGGGUUUGAACCAGCAGCCUUCCAAUUAUGGGCACAGAAACAAUUUUUCUGUGACUUUUAAUGUGUUUUCUGUUUUUUUUUCUACUACUUUAAAUUUUAUAAGGAAUAAAAAAAAUAGCUUUUGGCAGAACAAAGCACACACCUCGAUCACAACCUGUGGCAGUAUCCUGCAUUGUUCUCAGGCAUGAGGAACGUGGACCUGUUUAAGAUCUAGAUUCAGCUGAACUUGAUUUGCCGGAAUGUUACUGCUGAAUAAAAAAUCAGGAAUCUGUU